UUCUUGCAGUCAUGUGAACUGACUCUUCGAAGAGCUUCUGCAUUCUCGAUUCUAAAGUCCGUAUUACAACAUGCGCUGUGUUCAGGGUACACGUUAAACGUAUUCAAACCACAAACUAAAAAUUGCAGUGAACUAUCGGAUACACCUGUUCACUCGAUUUAUCGACGCUGCUUUUUCAAUUUUCGGAAACUUUUCUUGUAAACCGUGUCACUUGCAGACGCAUUCUAACGGAAACGGAGCUGCUCGCGGAGAUCGCCAAUUACUUGCUGGCUUGCUGCGCUUUCAAAGCGGAAAGAAGAGAAUAUAUCGGAUAUUCCGUGGCGCGGGUAUAGCGACAGUGAAGAGGAGUCGACAUCCCUCUUUAUAUUUAUUCUUCCGUUUUCUCUCUUUCUUCAUCACGUCGGAUACUGUUGAAUGCUUUCUGACGUCUAAUAUCUGAUUUGAUAUCUUCUCCGUUUUGCAGGUGUGUCAGUUUUAAUUCUGCCCAGUAGGUGGGACUUGAUGCCCGGAGCAUCGGACUUCUUUUUUUUCCCCUUUUUAAUGCUAUACUUGUAAGUCUCAGAGCUGUGUGCGAACAACCUGGAAUUCAGCAGCUAAGGGCAGCAGAAGAGACAUGUAUACCAUGCAGGCUAGAGAAGCAGACACAUCGGGUGUACUGAUUUUUCAGCCCCGUCGUCUCUAACGGAGUAUUUUUGUUCUAUUUUUUCAAUUCUUCCCUUUUUUUCUGGAUUGUCGGGAAUCGGGGAUCUCGACACUCAUAACAUACACGCUACACAUAAAAAAUCGGGAGCACGUACAUACACACAUCCGCACACGCUUACAUACAUACAUACAUACAUACAUACACACACACACGCACACACACACACAUACGCACCCGCGCGCGCACACACAUACCCACUGUGCCACCAACCCUGCCGGAUCAUUCAACAUGGAUCUAUCGUUCUGUCCACCCCGAAUUUUCUGGUGGAGGAUUUUGUUUCUACUCAGCCUUUUCCAGGACUAUCUGAGCUCAAUGCUGGACUGUCCGCCAACCUGCAGCUGUUCCCUUACUGAGAUACAUUGCAAUAAGUCGGACAACGGGAAAUUCUUCCCUCUGCUUGAGGUUCAAGACACGGGAAACAAUGGCAACAACAGCACCAGUAUCCCUGACCUGUUCAAGAACAUCACUUCGAUACACAUCGAGAACUGGAGAGGCCUGCAGACACUCAAUGCUGUGGAUAUGGAACUCUACACUGGCCUACAGAGACUCACCAUUAUGAACUCAGGUCUUCGCAUUAUCCUUCCUCGAGCCUUCGCCAAGAAUCCCCACCUCCGUUACAUAAAUUUUUCCAGAAACCCUCUGACCACCUUGUCAUGGCAGCUUUUUCAGACAUUGCAACUCUCAGAACUGAGGUUGGAUAGCAUCAUGUUCAACUGUAGCUGUGAAAUUCGCUGGAUUCAACUGUGGCAACAAAGAGGAGAGGCAGGAUUGGACACUCAAACACUCUUUUGCAAAAAUGGGGAAUCUGAGGUGAUUCCACUUCAAGAAAUGAACAUCUCUCACUGUGAUCUUCCGGAGAUCAGUGUAAGUCACAGUAACCUCACUGUGAUAGAAGGGGAGAACGUUGUAGUCACCUGUAACGGGACAGGGGCUCCUCUACCUGAUGUCGACUGGAUUGUCACAGGCCUGCAUUCCAUCAAUACUCACCAGAGCAAUGUGAACUGGCCCAAUGUUCACUCCAUCAAUCUGACUUUAGUCAACGUCAGUGGGGAUGACAACAACUUCUUGUUGACCUGCAUUGCAGAGAAUGUGGUGGGAAUGGCGAAUGCCUCUGUUCAGCUCUCUGUCCACUUUCCCCCACGUAUCCUGAAGCUAAUGGAUCCAGAAAGACAUCACUUCACCUGUGUGCCAUUCAUUGUGCGCAGUAAUCCACCUCCGACUCUUCGCUGGCUUCAUAAUGGCGUGGAGAUCCAGGAAACUUCUUACAUUUACACAGAUGCAGAAAGUUACCUGGACUACAAAGAAGGCUGCCUCCUUAUCAAUAACCCGACUCAUUAUAACAAUGGAAACUACACCCUAGAAGCAGAAAAUGAGCUGGGCCUUGCUUCAGAGACUAUCGUUGCACACUUUCUUCCCACUCCAGACGAAACCUCGCCUCCAACACCUUCUGCAGGCAUAACAGACAAGCCAGAGGAGGACACCUUUGGGGUCUCAAUUGCAGUUGGCCUUGCCGGAUUUGCAUGUGUUCUCCUUGUGGUUCUUUUUGUCCUCAUUAACAAGUACGGCCGUCGCUCAAAGUUUGGGAUGAAAGGACCUGUGGCAGUAAUCAGUGGGGAGGAAGACUCUGCAAGCCCUCUUCAUCAUGUCAAUCAUGGCAUUAUCACGCCUUGCACAAUGGAUGCUGGCCCAGAUGCUGUGGUCAUUGGAAUGACCCGGAUUCCUGUUAUUGAGAAUCCACAAUAUUUCCGGCAUGGGCACAACUGCAACAAGCCAUCCACAUUUAUGGAUGUGCAGCACAUAAAGAGGAGAGACAUUGUGCUGAAAAGGGAACUUGGAGAGGGAGCCUUUGGCAAGGUGUUUCUGGCAGAGUGCUACAAUUUGAGCCCCACUAAAGACAAGAUGCUGGUGGCCGUCAAGACUCUUAAAGACCCGACAAUCUCGGCUCGGAAGGAUUUCCAGCGUGAGGCGGAGCUCCUGACAAAUCUGCAACACGAACACAUAGUCAAGUUCUAUGGAGUCUGUGUGGAUGGUGACCCAUUAAUUAUGGUCUUUGAAUAUAUGAAACAUGGAGACCUCAACAAAUUCCUCAGAGCUCAUGGCCCAGAUGCAAUGAUUCUGGUUGAUGGCCAACCUCGCCAGGCCAAAGGAGAGCUGGGACUGUCUCAGAUGCUGCACAUCGCCACACAGAUUGCCUCUGGUAUGGUAUAUCUAGCAUCACAACAUUUUGUCCAUCGUGACCUGGCCACACGAAACUGUCUAGUAGGCAAUAACCUACUGGUCAAGAUUGGGGACUUUGGUAUGUCACGAGACAUCUACAGCACGGACUAUUACAGGGUAGGAGGUCAUACGAUGCUCCCAAUUCGUUGGAUGCCUCCUGAAAGUAUAAUGUAUCGCAAGUUUACCACAGAGAGUGACGUGUGGAGCUUUGGAGUCAUCCUUUGGGAAAUUUUCACCUAUGGCAAACAACCAUUUUUCCAGUUGGCCAAUAAUGAGGUCAUAGAAUGUAUCACACAAGGUCGUGUCCUGGAAAGACCCAGAAGUUGCCCCAAGGAGGUCUAUGACAUUAUGUUGGGUUGCUGGCAAAGAGAGCCCCAACAGCGGUUAACCAUCAAAGACAUCCAGAAGAUUCUAUAUGCUUUGGGAAAGGCUGCGCCAGUUUAUCUGGACAUUCUGGGCUAGUCAUGUAUCGACCUGUCCACCUGUGUCUCCAGGACAAAACAUAAUCCAGGAAUUAACAACAAUAUGUACCUUACUGCUCCACAGCAAAACACCUGCAUAUUGGGGACAGACUUAAGUGCCUGCUACACCUUUCGAUAAACUGGAUAACAAUCUUUACAAAAAAGGGAAAAAGCACUAUUGGCUUUUGUUUACCUGCACAUAAAAUUAUACCAAACUCUACUGUAUAAAGAGGAAUUUUCCCAUAAAAAUGGCCGCCUGUAAAAGAAGAGAACCUAUUCGAUUUGCUCAUUUUGUUAUCCAGACAACAAAAUGGAAAUUUAAGCUACCCAACUCUAUAUAUUUUUGUUCAUAUUGGGUGGGAGGGAGGGGUGCAAAGGGUUUAAAUAGUAUUUUUGUGUGGCUUUUUUCCCCCCUCAAAUAUGGGUGCCUGUCAUUGGUUGCUAGCUUUGGAGAGAUGACCGCUUCCUGUUGGCACCUAUUUUACCAAGUGGGGACUUCCUGUGCAAGCCCUGCUGCCUUUUGAUUGGCUGGAUCCAUUUUUUUUUCAUGAAGAUGGCUUUAAAAUUUCUCUUUUUUAAAAGCAAAAACCAGUAGUAAGGAAGGAGCCACCAGUUAAUAGAAACAGACCUAAUUUAAUAAUUGUAUGUACAUAAUGUAAAUUUGUAUUAGUGUCACAAGAUUAUGUUAACUUAUUUCCUGUAUAUGGACCAGUUUUAUUUUCAAGUUUAGACUAUUUUGUUUUUCUUUAUUUUUUUCUUUCUUUUAUUUUUUUCAGUGCAGUUUUGGUGGAUUAUUUUUAUGACUAUUUCAAUUCUUCUUCAGUGUUUUUGCCAGAAUUGGAGAAAAUACAUUUUUCAGUUGGAGCACUUAACUUUCUGCCACUCUGUUCCAUUUCACGUAUGCAGCGUAAUCAAAAUUUCACAUUUUGGAAUGGCAAAUCGGAAACUGAAAGUGUAAAAGAGGGUGACAGAAGAAACAAAGAAAUGUACACUCAAGAAAAGGAGGAACAGAAGAUUGUUUAUAAUUGGCAAAAUACUGAAAUGUUUUUAAUUUUUUUACUAUAUUAUUUAUAAUUUUAAAGAUCUGUGUCAAGCGGGUAUGCAGUGUACAUUCAAUUUCAAUGCAUACUGACUGAGCAAAUGGAAUGUCCUAAAGUGAUCUGUACAAAAAUCCUAUCCCAGUCAUAUAUUUUAUCCUUUUUCAAGAAACGUGUGAAGAAUUUUAUUUCUAUACAAAUCUAAUAUACACUUGACCACCCCUAAGUAAAGCUAUAUUAUUAGAAAAACAGUUAAAGCAGUGGUAACUUGGAUAGUCAAAAUAGAAGCGCUACUGUUGUUUGAGUAAUAAUAGGGUAUUUCCUUGAUGCUAUAUUAAAUCUGUGUGCAAAGACGCACUUAAAUACUGGGCUACAGUCUUGCAGUCUCUAGCCAGCCGUACAAAAUGGUUAAUGCUUUAUGUGCUUUGGGGGACAAAUACAAGACGGCAAAAAAAAAAGGUAAUAAGAAAGAGAAUUCUGCAUUCCUAGAGUGGAGUCUUUGUAUUAUCAAUGUUUGGUAUUCUGUAAUGGAGAGAAAUAUAAAACGAAAUGUUUGCCUCAUCUAGAUCCCGAUAUCCAUCCCUUAUUGUUGAAGCUUUUCAGUCCUGAAUGAAAAGUAAAAAAAAAAUUGAACUAGAAGAUAGUGAAUAAAUUAAUUCUACCCACUAAACUAUCUAUAGCUGUAUAUAUUAUAUGAAUGUAUAAAAUCUGGAAUACCGAACAAACUGAAGUCAAAUUUCACGUCAAUAUUGAGAAUGAUUUAUUUUGCUUUUUAUUUGCCAAUCUGAGAAGCACAUUGUAAUCUGAUAUUUGGCUUAAUGUUCGUAUAUUAGUUCCUGCUUUGUGGCCAGAGCUGCUGUUUCCACAACCAUGUCACGAUUAAGGUAACGAUUGUCAGAUUCAGCCAUGGAGCCUUCAAUGGCUGCCGAUUUUUCUUCCCACCAAUUUCACAAUCACUGGAUCAUUUUUUCCGUUUAGUUGAUCUCUUCGUUUCAUUAGCUGAGCUUUUUCCUUCUCUUACUUUGCCUUUAAAAAAGUGCAAUAGUGUGAGAUUGAAUCAAUCUUGGUAUUUUUACUACAUCUUUAAAUACUUUAACUUUGUUUUGCUAUUGUAUUUUUAAUUCUGUUUUUUUCCUGUAGAGUUUGCUGACUUAAUUGCAUGCUGACAAUUAAUGAUCAGAAAAGCUGACAACAGUACAAACAAUACUGAAUGCUCAGGGGCAGCUCUUUCAGUGUAAGCCAAUUCUGUGCUUAUUAGUAAAUAAUGGCUUAAAUAUCCGGAACUGAAAAAGAAUGAAUUCUUACCCAUCUGACACAUAUAAACGUUUGCUUAAUUCAGUAAACACUUAGCAUUACCAGCAACUCAGAAGCUAAUUAUGAUACGAGUUCAAUUAAAAAAAGAAAUUGGUUGGUAUGAAGACCGGCAACCAUGGGGGUCUCCCAGGACUGAACUUGAGAACUUCUGGAUUAAGGGAUUGUAAGAAUGUUAUGUUACACUUGAUGAAACUUUCCAACCAGGACUGGAGGGUUUAAAACAUCAAGGGGGAUCUCGUAGCAAAAAACCAUGAAUAAAUUGUGACUGACAGCCUUUCUUUGGGAAUGUUUUAUUCUAAGCGUGAAUAUGAUUGAAUAUCUUAAAAGAGGACAACUGGAUGAAAUGUUUAUCCCGGGGCUAGAGCAUGCAUGAUUUUGUAGUCAGUGUUGGUAGAUGUUAGAAUUAAUAUGUUAAAACAUAUGCACUGGAAGGAAUGCAAGAGAACUACAGAAUGCAGUCAGUGAGCUAAAUGUACAUGUAUAUUGCCACGAUUGGCCGGAAAGUUUUGAUUCACUUUCCAAUGAACCUCUGUGCCAUAAGACACAGAGUUUAAUGAUCACUAUACUACCUACAAUGGCAAGAGUUUGUAUAAUGGUUUUCAAAGGUCAUUAUACUGUAGAUACAACAAACUAAGCCUACCCAGUGUAUCACCAUAGCUCUCCUGAAAAUGAAUCCGCCGUGUCCAGAUACAGUACAGUAUGUGUAAUCAUAACAUGUUUUUAAUGCUCCUUCCCCUUCAAGAAACAAUUCAUGUCAAACCUGUUUCUCUUCAAAAUCAUUUGUAUUUGUUCUUCCUGUAAUUAAAACUGUAAUCUGGCAGAUGGUCUGUAGUACUUUUGCAUUGUAGUACAUUGGCAGCAGUGAAGUCCAAAACAUCUUCAGGCAUUAUUUGGACACAUCAGUUCCUGAGAUCUUUUGUAGGAAUGGGCAGAAGUUUAAAAUCAGAGGGCACAAUUCACUAAGAAUACCUCUUUUUGUUUAAGGGUUACCUCUCAUGGCAUUUAGCCUUGCGCUUUGCAAUAUAUCAGUUAGUUGGACUUCAGAGGAUGCAAAUCCUUUAAACUUCCCCUUUAUAUGCUUGUGUGUGUAUGUUUACCCAGAGCCACACAUGUGUGUACAUUCAGUGUUUAUGUGUGUGCACGUGUGUCCGUAUUUAUAUAUAUAUUUAUAUAUACAUAUAUAUAUAUAUAUAUGAAUAGAUACACAAAUUAACGCAUACUGUGUAUAUUGCUGCAUGUUGCACCUUUGAUUCAAAGGCAGACGCUCAUCACAAGCUUAACAGGGGUGCACAAAUGCAAUUUAUUUAGCUGUAAGUAACACAUAAUCAAAUGCAUAGGCAAAAGAAAAGUGUAGUUAACUCCCAGGCACAGAAUCUCACCGCCAGGUCUAUGCUAAGUGCAUCAAUCCAUUAGAAAGUCCCCAAUAAUCCUGCUAACUCCCGACCGCCCCUCUUUUGUGGUUAACCUUUCAUAGCCUCAAUGUCUCGCCCUGUCUUCUAUACUACCAAAGUAUCUCUUCUGUCUGAGUGAAAGAGCGGAGCACACAAGUCAACCCUGUGCUCACCAACUGUCAUUUUAUGAGUGACAAUUUCCAAUUCAAAUAAAAGUAAUGACCGAACAUUAAAGCGUGUAAUGCAUUCUUCCUGUGACAAUAUACAUAGAAUGUGUAAUGAUAAAAACUAAUGUGUUUUAACGUAGUUUCUAGUAAGUCAGACCAUUUCUUUAGAUAACAGUUUAUGUGAUUACUUUGCAUUUAAUCCAUUUCCAAACAAGUGAUUUUCAUCUUUUUCUUACAAAUAAGAUGGAAAGGCGCUUUUGGAAUCACUGCUUUUAAACUUACAACAGAUUUGCUGAUCUACAGUGUGCUUUGGAAAAGUUCAGAAAAGGAGAUUUUUGCAUAUGAAAAAACACAUGUAUACUGUAUAUGCUUCAAACAGGAAUAAAGUAUCUUCAAUUA